AUGCUGGCUCGUCGAUCCGCCCUGGCCAAGCCAGGCUUUGUCUGUCGAACAUGUGCUCGUCAAUAUCAGUAUCAACUUCGGCGGGCUUCAACUUCCACACAGGACAAUAUUUAUGAUGUCGUAUGUGUUGGUGGCGGACCAGCAGGUCUGAGUCUUCUUACUGCACUUCGUGCCAAUCCUAUAACUGCCGGUCUUCGAGUUGCCCUUAUUGAAGCUCAGGAUCUCUCCAAGAUCUCCUCGUUCUCACUCCCCCCGACCCAAUUCUCCAACAGAUGCAGCUCUCUCACCCCUGCUUCAGCUCAGUAUCUCGACAAGAUUGGCGCAUGGCGACAUUUGCAACGUGACCGGGUUCAGGACUACCAGGAGAUGCAAGUAUGGGAUGGAGUCACUGGUGCCCGAAUCGAGUUCGACUGGCCACCCAGCACGACUGGAGAUAAAACAAUCGCCUACAUGACAGAGAAUCUCAACUUGGCAUCCGGACUACUCAAAAGAUUGCAUGAACUUGGUGGAGUGGACAUUUUCGAUAAGACCAAGGUCGAGGGCAUCGACCUAGGCAAGGAAACCGAGGACUUGGACUUGAGCGAAUGGCCGGUUGUACAGCUCUCGAACGGCCAAUCGCUGGCAGCACGUCUUCUUGUUGGAGCAGACGGAGCGAACAGCCCUGUACGUACCUUUGCCGGUAUCAACAGCCGUGGCUGGGACUACGGUAGACAUGGUGUUGUUGCAACUCUGGAGCUUGAAGGCGAGGGCUGGGGUGGUCAGUUCAACAAAAUUGCCUAUCAACGAUUCUUGCCUACUGGACCUGUUGCGAUGUUGCCCAUGCCUGGCAAAUAUGCUACAUUGGUAUGGUCGACUACCCCCGAGAAGGCCGCCCUUCUCAAGAGCCUCAGCCCCAAAAACUUCAUUGCCAUGGUUAAUGCUGCUUUCCGGCUGAGCCCUGUCGAUAUCGGCUUUAUGCACACUCAGCAAGACAGCCAGGCAGAAGAGCUGUCAUGGCGCUUACAGCACACAAGCUUUGAUGCAGAGGCUCUUCCACAGACUGUCGUUGGUGUGCAGGAGGGCAGCAUCGCAUCUUUCCCCCUGAAGCUGCGACAUGCCGACACAUAUACCGGCGAACGUGUUGCCCUUGUUGGCGAUGCAGCUCAUACCAUUCAUCCAUUGGCAGGCCAAGGCUUGAACCAAGGUCAAGGAGAUGCUCAGAGUCUGGUCAAGACCAUUGAGUUUGCUGUCUCCCACGGCCAGGAUCUCGGUGCCCAACUAUCUCUCGAGUCCUACAACAGCGAGCGCUAUGCAGCCAACCACAUCAUCCUCAAUGUCUGUGAUAAGCUUCAUAAGCUUUACUCUAUCGAGAGUGGCCCCCUAGUGCCGCUACGUUCGGUUGGUCUAAGAGCUGUCAAUGCACUGGGGCCCCUGAAGAGCUUUUUCAUGGAGCAGGCCUCUGGUACCGGCACCAAAAUACUGUAA